AUGAUAUCCACACAGUACUUUAUCUUCUUCUUCUUCUUCUUCUUCAGCUUUGCUUCAUCCCAUGAUACCAGUAUAAUAUUCACCACCUUAGGAAGAUCAACUUAUGCCUUCGACAUCUUUGCUCUUCCAACAACACACCCACAAACCGAAUUCCAGUUGACCGAUGGCAAUUCCGUUAACUUUAACGGCCAUUUCCCGGCCACCCUACCACCUUCCCUGCUCUCCCGCCUACCCGAUGAUGAUUCUGUCAAUUCCGGGAAGCUGCCGUUUCAUCUUAUCUAUGUGACGGAAAGGAACGGCACCCACCAUGUAUUUUACGACGCUGUGUUUCAUGGCGUUGGUGAAAGAAGAGCCAUACUUGAGUUUCCAUCUCAAACUGAAUCGACUCGAAUUCAGGUUCCUUUGGUGGGUUUUGAGCAGUCCGGUGGGAGGGUUUCUAUGAAAGAUAAGCCUAGUUUAUCUGGGGAAUUUUUGAUAUACGUAUCGACUCAUGAGGAUUCCGAUGUGCCGAGGACGAGCUGGGCUGCGGUAUAUUCGACUCACUUGGGUUCCGGGUUGACCCGGAGGUUGACACCUAAAGGGGUUGCUGAUUUCAGCCCGGCAGUGUCUCCUUCCGGCGUUUGGACGGCGGUGGCAUCGUACGGGGAAAAGGGUUGGAGUGGGGAGGUUGAGGAACUCGCUACGGAUAUCUAUGUGUUCAUGACUCGUGAUGGGUCGGGUCGGGUUAAGGUGGUGGAGCACGGUGGCUGGCCGACAUGGGCUGAUGAGUAUACUCUGUAUUUCCACCGGAGGUGCGAUGAUGGGUGGUGGAGUGUGUUCAAAGCUGUACUUCCAAAAUCAGGUGAACUAAGUGUCGACUCAAUCUCUACCCAGCGAGUCACACCACCGGGUUUGCACGUGUUCACACCAGCAUCUUCUCCGGCCAACAAGAAUCUCAUCGCCGUCGCUACCAGAAGAGCAGGUUCAGAGUAUCGGCACAUCGAGCUAUUCGACGUUGUUUCUAAGAAGUUCACAGAGAUAACCCGACCCGUUUCACCUCAUGCUCAUCAUCUGAACCCGUUCUUUUCGCCGGAUUCUUCAUGGGUUGGAUACCAUAAAUGUCGAGGCUCAGGCAAUGGAAGAGGGAGCGAUACACUGUUACUGGAAAAUCUUCGAAACCCGUUACCCGGAAUCUCUCUAUUCCGGAUUGACGGGUCAUUUCCAUCAUUUUCACCAAAUGGUGAUCGGAUAGCUUAUGUGAGGUUACCUGGAUUAUAUGUGGUGAACUACGACGGAUCAGGUCUGCGUAAAAUUUCAUCAAGAACAGCCUUUUCCACAGCUUGGGACCCGAAAAGAAAGGGAGUAAUUUACACUAGCUUUGGACCAACAUUUGCUAGUGAAAGUACAGAAGUGGAUAUUAUUUCCAUCAAUGUAGAUGAUGAAGACUUGAGCUACAAACAAAUGACAAUAGGAGGGCAGAAUAACGCGUUUCCGUCCCCUUCACCUGAUGGAAAAUGGAUCGUCUUCCGAUCAGGGAGAUCAGGUCACAAGAACUUGUACAUAAUGGAUGCUUUGGAAGGAGAGGUGGGUGGUCUACGUCGAUUGACAGAGGGGCCAUGGACAGAUACCAUGUGUAAUUGGUCACCGGAUGGUGAAUGGAUUGCAUUUGCAUCUGAUCGAGAAAACCCCGGGUCAGGUAGUUUCGAGAUGUAUAUGAUUCACCCUAAUGGAACAGGACUCAAGAAGGUGAUCCAGAGUGGUACAGGUGGGAGGACUAACCACCCCUAUUUCAGCCCGGAUGGGAAGUAUAUAGUUUUCACUUCAGAUUACGCGGCUGUAUCAGCUGAGCCCAUCUCGAACCCUCAUCAUUAUCAGCCAUAUGGUGAUAUAUAUGUGAUCAAAUCAGACGGCUCGGACAUCCGAAGAUUAACACACAAUUCGUAUGAGGAUGGUACGCCCGCUUGGGGACCUACUUUCAUAAAACCUGUGGAUGUAGAAUGGCCUAAUGGUGGACAUCCCUGUUCUUUUGAAGAUUGUCACUGGCUGAAUGUUAGGCCUAAUGCCAGUGUAAUGGAUGCAUCCUUUGGCUUAGGUUCUGCCAAGAUUGAGUGUGCUCAAUGAACUUCUCUUAUAGG